UGUUUCCACUUCACAAACACAGGACUUACAGUUGACUGGGACGUCUCUAGCAGAACAGAAAUUUUACAAACUGGCAUCCCAUCCCAAGUCAUUGAGCUCUUCAGUAGAACCCAUUCUACUGUCAUUGUUUGUCUAUGGAAAUUGCGUGGCUGUGUGCUUGAUUUUGUGCACUUGUUAGCAAUGGGUGUUGCUGAAGUAGCCGCACCCAUUAGAUACAGUGUCGAACGAAGAGGGACUAAAACAAGGAAUAAAACUCAACAAAAGAACGGAGUUAGCUAAUUUGGGUUAAACCCCACUUGCAAUCUAAACUGGUCUGAUGUGUUCCAGUCUCCUGAGGUAGGGGGCGCUGUUUCUAAAAUGAGUCUCUCAGGGGAGCCAGAGACCAAAAAGGGAACCCUCAGCACUGAGAGGAAAAGGGCCCAAGUAGAAAGAGCAGGGUCAUCUUUACCCAGCUGUCUGUCUAUGAAGAGUGAUCAUUCAAUGGAUCAACCAGUCACGUUCAGCAAACAAUUCACAGGUGAUCAAAUGGCCCAAGUAGAAAGAGCAGGGUCAUCUUUACCCAGCUGUCUGUCUAUGAAGAGUGAUCAUUCAAUGGAUCAACCUGUCACGUUCAGCAAACAAUUCACAGGUGAUCAAAUGGCCCAAGUAGAAAGAGUAGGGUCAUCUUUACCCAGCUGUCUAUCUAUGAAGAGUGAUCAUUCAAUGGAUCAACCAGUCACGUUCAGCAAACAGUUCACAGGUGAUCAAAUGGCCCAAGUAGAAAGAGCAGGGUCAUCUUUACCCAGCUGUCUGUCUAUGAAGAGUGAUCAUUCAAUGAAUCAUCCAAUCAUGUUCAGCAAACAGUUCACAGGUGAUCAAAUGGCCCAAGUAGAAAGAGCAGGGUCAUCUUUACCCAGCUGUCUGUCUAUGAAGAGUGAUCAUUCAAUGAAUCAUCCAAUCAUGUUCAGCAAACAGUUCACAGGUGAUCAAAUGGCCCAAGUAGAAAGAGCAGGGUCAUCUUUACCCAGCUGUCUGUCUAUGAAGAGUGAUCAUUCAAUGAAUCAUCCAAUCAUGUUCAGCAAACAGUUCACAGGUGAUCAAAUGGUAGAGCGGUCACUGGAGUACAGCUCUUCAGAAUGGUUGAGUUCAGAGAAAUCAUCUUUCCCAAAACAGUCUCUUCUGCACACUCUGAUGAAGCUGAAGAAGGAUGAGAAGUUGAAACUGUUUCAGAGCCAUCUGAGUCAGGAUUGCCCAGAAUGCUUUCAGAGUCUGUCUGAAGAUCCUUCAGUGCUGGAUAGGUUUAUGAAGAUGAAGGAAUUGUUCAAGAGUCAUAAAAUUGCUGAUUACCCAGAAUGCACUGAGAGAGAGCCGGAAGAUCCUGAGGUCCUGUACAUAGUUGAGAAGAUGCUGGAGACCUGUGGCAGUGAGAGAUCUCUGAAGAUCACACUCCACAUCCUGAGGAACAUGAAGCAGAAGGAUCUCACUGACUCACUGGAGAGAGAUGAGCAGUACAAUGAAUCCAUAGAAAGAGCCCAGCUGGCUCUGAAAACUCAUUUGAAGAGGAAGUUCGAAUGCAUAUUUGAAGGUUUAUCAAAGCAGGGCCAUCCAACCCUGCUCAAUAAUGUCUAUGUAGAGCUCUACAUCACAGAGGGGGGAAGUGGGGGGGUCAAUAAUGAACACGAGGUUAGACAGAUUGAGACAUCCAAGAGACAAACCACACAGGAGACUGCAAUCCUCUGCAAUGACAUCUUUAAGCCUUUACCUGGACAAGAGAAACCCAUCAGAACUGUGCUUACGAAGGGCAUCGCUGGCAUUGGGAAAACAGUCUCUGUGCAGAAGUUCAUUCUGGACUGGGCAGAAGGAAGAGCCAAUCAGGACGUUGACCUCAUCUUCACUCUUCCUUUCCGAGAUCUGAAUUUGAAGAAGGAAAUACCAUUCAGUCUGAUGCAACUUCUGCAGCACUACUUUCCACUACUGAAAGAAAUCCAAAGUGUUAAAGGUGAUGAAGUCAAAGUUGUGUUUAUCUUUGAUGGUCUGGAUGAGUGUAGACUUCCUCUAGAUUUCCAAACCAAUGCGAUCUGCUGUGAUAUAACAGAAUCAUCAUCACUGGAUGUGCUGCUGACCAACCUCAUUAAGGGCAAUCUGCUUCCCUCUGCUCUCAUCUGGAUCACCUCCCGACCAGCAGCAGCCAAUCAGAUACCUCCUGAGUGUGUCCACCGUGUGACAGAGGUACGAGGGUUCAAUGACCCACAGAAGGAGGAGUAUUUCAGGAAGAGAAUCAGAGAUCAAAACAGGGCCAGCAGAAUUAUCUCACACAUAAAGUCAUCCAGGAGUCUCUACAUCAUGUGUCACAUACCAGUCUUCUGCUGGAUUUCUGCUACUGUUCUGGAGACAAUGUUGGGUAAAGUAGAGAGUGGAGAUCUGCCCAAUACUCUUACUGCGAUGUACACACACUUCCUUCUUAUUCAGACUAAUUUGAAGAAUCAGAAGUAUCAUGGCACUGAUGAGACAGACCCAAAGGAGAUGUCAGCAUCAGAUACAGAAAUCAUCCUGAAACUGGGGCAACUGGCUUUUCUACAUCUGGAAAAAGGCAAUCUGAUAUUCUAUGAGGAGGACCUGAGAGAGAGUGGCAUUGAUGUCAGUGAAGCUUCACUGUAUUCUGGAGUGUGCACAGAGAUCUUUAAAGAGGAGUGUGGGUUGGGUCAGGAGAAGGUCUACUGCUUUGUGCAUCUGAGCAUUCAGGAGUAUCUGGCUGCCUUGUUUGUGUUUCAUUCAUGUGUAAAUGAGAAAAGAAAUGUACUCAGACUGGGAAUGGAAAUAUCCCAAGAAGCACCUGAAGAAAAUGGUGGUGGUGAUGAUUUUGAUUAUGAUGAUGAGGAGGAGGAAGAGGGGAAAUAUGAAGGGUAUGAUGAUUUUGAUUAUGAUGAUGAGGAGGAGGAAGAGGGAAAAUAUGAAGGGUAUGAUGAUUUUGAUGAUGAUGAUCAUGGUGAUGAUGAUAAUCAGGAUGAGGAGAUGGAGGAAGAAGAUGAGAAAAAAAAGAAGACUGAUGGUGACAGUGUGCAGCUGUCUGAGUUACACAGGUGUGCAGUGGAUCAGGCCUUAAAGAGUAAGAAUGGACACCUGGACCUUUUCCUUCGAUUCCUUCUUGGCCUCUCUCUGGACUCCAUUCAGGCUCUCUUAGGAGGAAUACUGACACAGACAGGAAGCAGAUCAACUGUACCAGACCCACAGACAGGAAGCAGAUCACCACUACCAGACCCACAGACAGGAAGCAGAUCACCGGUACCAGACCUACAGAGUCAGACAGGAAGCAGAUCACAGAGCAUUGAGAAAACAGUCCAGUAUAUUAAGGAGAGGAUCAGAGAAGAGUCUUCAGCAGAGAGGACCAUCAAUCUGUUCCACUGUCUCAGUGAACUGAAUGACAAUUCUCUAGUGCAGGAAAUCCAGAAUUCCCUGAGAUCAGGAAAACUGUCUCAUACAGAGCUGGGACCAGACAAGUGUUCAGCUCUGGCCUUUGUCUUACUGAUGUCAGAGGAGAUCCUGGAUGAGUUUGACAUGAAGACCUACAACACAUCAGCAGCAGGUCAUCAGAGACUGGUACCAGUAGUCAGGAACUGCAGGAAGGCCAUACUGAGCAGCUGUGACCUCACAGAGAAGUACUGUGAUAUUGUGGCCUCAGCUCUCCAGUCAUCAAAAUCACCCCUGAUAGAUCUGGACCUCAUCUACACUAACCUGGGAGAUUCAGGAGUGAGGCUGCUCUGUGCUGGACUGAUGAGUCCAAACUGUAAACUACAGAGACUGGACCUCAGCUACAAUAACCUGGGAGAUUCAGGAGUGAAGCUGCUCUGUGCUGGACUGAUGAGUCCAAACUGUAAACUACAGACAAUGGGAUUGAGCAGCUGUGACCUCACAGAGAAGUCCUGUGAUAUUGUGGCCUCAGCUCUCCAGUCAUCAAACUCACCCCUGAGAGAUCUGGACCUUAGCUACAAUAACCUGGGAGAUCCAGGAGUGAAGCUGCUCUUUGCUGGACUGAUGAGUCCAAACUGUAAACUACGGACACUGGGGCUGGGUUGGUGUAAUCUCACAGAGGGCUGCUGUGAUGUUCUGGCCUCAGUCCUGCAUUCUCCUCACUCUGAGCUGAGUGAUCUGGAGCUCAGAGACAACGAGCUGCAGGAUUCAGGAGUGAGAGCGCUCUCUGCUGGACUGGAGGACCCACACUGUAAACUGCAGAGACUGGGGCUGUCAGGCUGUAGAGUCACACAGAGAGGCUGUGAUUCUCUGGCUUCAGCUCUGUGUUCAAACCCCUCACACCUGAGAGAGCUGGACCUGAGAUACAAUCACCCAGGAGACUCAGGAGUGAGAGUGCUUUCUGCUGCUAAACUGGACAAACUCAUACUUCUUGUGGACCAUGGAGGAGAGAACAGGACCAAACCAGGACCCUGGAAAUACGGCUGUCAGCCCACACUGGAUCCAAACACAGCGCACAGAGAGCUGUUUCUGUCUGAGGGGAACAGGAGGGUGACACACACACCGGGGAGAGAGGAGCCAUACCCUGAUCAUCCAGAGAGAUUUGAGUUCUGGUUCCAGGUUGUGUGCAGAGAGAGUGUGUGUGAGCGCUGUUACUGGGAGGCUGAGUUCUGUGUGUCUGAGAAGCGGGGAUGGGUUGAUGUAGCAGUGACAUAUAAAGGAAUCAGCAGGAAAGGAGAGGGUUCUGAUUGUGAGUUUGGAUGGAAUAAAAACUCCUGGAGUCUGAUGUGUAUUAAACACGCAUACUCUGAUAAACUCAGAUUCUCUGUCUGGCACAAUAAGAACCAAACAGACAUACCUGCCCCCUCCCCCUACCGCAGAGCAGGAGUGGGUGAUGAUGGUGGUGCUGGUAGAGGAGUGUGUGUGUACAGGGUAGGAGUGUGUGUGGACCGUCCGGCUGGCACUCUGUCCUUCUACAGCGUCUCUGACUCUGACACACUGACCCUCCUGCACAGACUCCACACACACUUCGUUCAACACACACCCCUCUGUGCUGGAUUUAGAGUGUUUGAAUCCUCAGUGUCCCUCUGCCAGUUGGAGUAGAGACAAACACACAAACAAACACACACACACACACACACACACACCUACACCUACAUACACAUGUACACACACACACCACACACUAGGGGUGUGCAGAGACAUUAUUUGUAUCUGUAUCUGUUCAACCAACAAAAUUAUCUGUCUCUGUAUAUCUGUAUUCGGAUAGAAGAACAGAAGUGGGCGUGGUUUAUACCGGCAGUCACAUUACAUCGGGCAAAUGUUGUAUUUUCUAACCUCGUAUUCAUUGGCAUUGGCAAUGCAAUUGUUGUGCCUUCAAAGCAUCAAAUUGAUUUAAUAUUGGCAUAUAAUUAGUUAUAAAAUAUAUUUCCACAUCCUCAUACUGUACUUUUCAUCUCUUUCUCUCUUUAUUUUUAACUAAACUAAGUUUUGUGGACUGUCUGAACCCCACCACCACCACCGUUCCUGAGAGCCGACCGUUCCUGGCUAUCACUCAAGAAAACUCUCGCAUCGAGGAGGAGGCGUCAGGUGUGGGAGCUAGUGAGACAAAAGCCUUGUGUGGCAGCUGGAUUUCGUUCAAACCCCACAACCUAUACAUCAAAAUGAAGCUAGAACCUACAGGUUUUUUUGAUGCGAGAGUUUUCUUGAGUGAUAGCCAGGAACGGUCAGCUCUCAGCCCGCUGCCUGCUGUGCGCUGACUCGGUGGGGGCGAUUACAGAAUAUAGUGAUCACUUUUCAAUAAUGUGUAGUAAAUGAAACGACUAGUUAGUGAAAUCAAAGUCCUAUGUUGCAAACAGAAUGGGCAUUUUUAUCUUGUGGCCAUCCACAAUGAUAUGAAUCGAUUUGAAUCUACAUAAUGGCUGACGGACAGAACUUAUUUAUUGAACGUUUUGCAGCGCAGUGGCUCAAAGUUUAUUGGUGUGUGUGUGAGUGAGAGGUAGUGAGAGAGAGAUAAACUUAAUAACUAAUGUGUAACGUUAAACAUGGAGUAGAGACGCACACACAAACAUGUAGACACCUUCACACAUACGCACGUACACAAACACACACAUAUACACACUCCCGCACAUAUAUACAUUCACACACACAUUCAUAUUCACCCACACAUACAUACACAAGCACAUACACGCACACACCCACAUUUGUGUACGCACACACGCAUGCAAACACACAUACCCAUGCACACACAUUCUCAUAUUCGCACACACAUUCUCAUAUUCGCCCACACAUAAACAUGCACACACACGCACACACAUGCACAUGCAUACUAAUACCCACAUACACACACUCUCACACCCACUCAUGCACACACACACUCUCUCUCUCACACACACACACUCACACACACAUACUCUCUCUCACACACACACGCACUCUUUCUAACGCACACCCUCUCAUGCUCACAUUCUCUCACAAACAAGCACACUCCCACAUACAUGCACCCAAGCACUCACACAGCCACACACUCUAUUUCACACCCACACUCUCUCACGCAUACAUACACCCACACACUUACACACACAUGCACGUACACACUCAUAAGCAUUCACACACUCACAGAUACACACACACAUUCUCUCUCACACUCACAUUUUGACACACUUGUAUGUACACCCAAUCUACAUUGACCAAUGCCUAACCACUGCAAAUUUUGUUCUACCCAAUAUUAACAACAGUACAGCUUAAACCCUUGAUAUCACAAUUCUAUCUUGCUGUGUAAUUUUUUUUAAAAAUUUUUACAUUUUAAUGAAAUUAUAUUGUAAAUGUUCAUGGUGGUUUGUGUACUUUUGAUGAUUAAAACAUGAAUAUGUGUGCUAGUGAAAAAAUAUGGAACGGUAAGAUGCUUUUGUAGUAAUAAUUCUAUCUCCUGUAUCUGCAUCUUUGUAUAAAAUAAGCCAGUGGAAAACUCCUCAAGUUAACUCUGCAUUUAACUAGUUUUUACAGUUGCUUUCGUUCAUUUUCACAAGAGUUGCAAUGUGCAAAUUUCUGUGAGCAAAUGCAGCUGAUAGGGAGAAUAUAGAAUGAUCACUGCAGUGUCCUUAUUUCCUUUCAUAACUGUAAACAAUUAUGGGUUCAGUUUCCCUAUUUUGUUGUAUUGUAAUUGUUUUGAUUGAAACUGUUGCUACAAUUUUCUGUAUUUUCAGACAUUAUUCUGUGUGAUUUAACCUGAAUUAUAAAAACAUCAGAUGUUUUGCUGUUAUCAUUUAUUGCUUUGUGAUGUAUUGAACUCCUGUGACACAGUAGUACUUAUUUCAUAUUCUGUAUGUUUGGGCUCAGUAUGGGUAGCUCAGGAUAGGGCUAAAAUAUGCACAGUUGAAGCAGUGACAUUCAUCUGCAGGAGUGUAAAUGAAAUCCAGUAUGAGACACAAGUUAUGCACUGUCUGCUGCGUGGUUUCUUCUUGUUUCUGUAUGUAACACAACUAUCUGAUAAUAACUAUUAACAUAAAAUUA